AUGAAUCGGAUCGUGCUGCUUUCUCUGGUGUCCUUGGCCACGGCCGCGCCAUUGAUCGUGAAACAGGAUCAAAACGACCAUCAACAGUACCAGCUCUACGGUGGUUUCCAACCGAUCGAAAGAUCCGACCAUGAAAGCCUCGGCUCAUCUUCAGGGGGUGGAAGUUACGGCGGCGAGUACAGCAGCGGGGGCGGCUAUGGCGGCGGCUAUGGCGGCGGCUAUGGCGGCGGUUAUGGCGACAUCGGCGGUGGUUACGGCGGUGGUUACGGAGGCGGCGAUUUCGGAGGCGGUCACGGUGGAGGUCUCGAAGCAUCUUCGGGACACUUGGAAGGUUCCAGUGACCACUUGAGCUCGGAUUACUCUUCUUAUGGCGGUGGUUACGAGGGCGGUGACGAGGGUGGAGUUUCCCUCGACGGCGGUCACCACAGUGUGGUGCAAAGUGUCCCUGUGUCGGAGCACGUCGAGGUGACGAAGCCUAUACCCAUAAAAGUGAUCAAACACAUCGGGGUACCAGUUCCUCAUAUCGUGAAGAUUGCUGUACCCCAUCCAGUGGCAGUCGGCGUUCCCCAGUCGUAUCCAGUUGCGCAUCCGGUACCAAAAUUGGUACCAGUUCAAGUAGUGAAGACCGUCGCUGUCCCUGUGGAGAAGAAGGUUCCAUUCCCUGUGGAGAAACAUAUUCCGGUGCCUGUCGAGAAGCCGAUUCCCAUCACGAUCGAGAAACACGUGCCAGUGCCGGUCAUCAAACCGUAUCCCAUCAAGAUCCCCGUCUACAAAACCAUCUACCACCACGCGAAAAAGCAUUAG